AUAAGGCUAUAAAAGUUAUUGAAGGAGGUCAGUCUAUGAUAGAAACCGCAAUGGCCUCUGUGCUGCGUCUUGUAAUAGCGUGCAUUGCGCUCGUCACGACAGUUCAUGGGACUGUUGUGAAGCGAGAGGUGCUGACCCCUAGCCACCCUACACCUUUGACCCGAAAUGUGACCCUGGAUGACCGAAAUAACUGCCAGCCCGGGGACCCCCAGCCUCCCAACCGCGUGGACACGGCGGAGAGAGUGGCACGUCUCAGACAAGAAAUGGCGAACAACGGACUGAACGCGUUCAUCGUGCCGACCGAUGACGACCAUCAGAGCGAAUACGUAGGGGAAUCGGAUAAGCGCAGAAAAUACAUUUCCGGAUUCUCAGGGAGCGCCGGAACAGCUGUAGUGUUAAUGGAGGAACAAGCUCUUUGGACGGACGGGAGGUACUUUCUUCAGGCGGACGACCAACUCGAUUGUAACUGGCUGUUGAUGAAAGCCUACAUGUCGGGGACUCCAACCAUCCUGCAGUGGCUGAAGGACUCGCUGCCUUCAGGAGCGAGAGUUGGCGCCGACCCUACCCUGACGAGCGCGGACACGUGGCUCAGCUAUGCGAACUCCCUCGCUGCAGACAACAUCGACCUUGUUCCCGUAACUCCCAAUCUCGUCGACCUAAUCUGGACCGACCGGCCUCCCUACCCUUCCGAUCCGGCAUUCCCGCUUGAGCUCAAAUUUACGGGAAAAUCUUGGGAGGAGAAAGUGCUGGAGGUUCGAGACGAGAUGAGAAGCACAGGAACCGACGUACUGGUUGCCUCAGCCUUGGACGAGGUGGCCUGGCUGCUCAACCUCAGAGGGAGUGAUAUUCCUUUUAAUCCAGUAUUCCGCAGUUACGCUUUGGUCACGAUGAACUCCGUUGAACUGUUCACGCCAGCUGAGAAAGUGAGCGCAGAGGUAGAGGAACAUCUUCAUGUGAACCAGUGCGAGGCGAUGAUGUGUGUGACAAUCCAAAACUAUGACGAUAUUUUCCCCCGCCUAAGUUCCUUCGAGGACGACCCUCUUGUGUCUAAAAUUAGGAUUAGUUCGAGUUAUUCCUUCACUUCGGGAGCUUCUUACGCUAUCUACAACGCGGUCCCGGCCAGCAAGCGCGAUCAGGCAGCGUCUCCGAUUCUGUUCAUGAAAGGCAGAAAGAACGAAGUCGAGAGCCAAGGCAUGAUGAACGCACACUUGAAGGACGCUGUGGCUCUGUGCGAUUUCCUGGCGUUGCUGGAGAAUGAGGUCCCGGCCAGCAAGCGCGAUCAGGCAGCGUCUCCGAUUCUGUUCAUGAAAGGCAGAAAGAACGAAGUCGAGAGCCAAGGCAUGAUGAACGCACACUUGAAGGACGCUGUGGCUCUGUGCGAUUUCCUGGCGUUGCUGGAGAAUGAGGUCAUCGCAGGCACCUACUGGGACGAACUCUCAGCCGUCGCGAAAUCCGAGGAAUUCCGCUCUCAACAGCAGGACUACCUCAGCCUCUCCUUCGAAACGAUCUCGGCGUCGGGACCGAACGCGGCCCUCAUCCACUACUCGCCGAGUCCGGAAACCAAUAGACAGAUUGAUGACCAGUCGACUUAUCUACUCGACUCUGGUGCUCAGUAUAAGGAUGGCACCACCGACGUCACCAGGACCCUCCACUUCGGCGUCCCCACCAGCUUCCAGAUCGAGGCCUACACGAGGGUGCUGAUGGGCGCCAUGGACUUCGCCUCGAUGGUCUUCCCCGUCGGCUUCUCGCUCGGAGACAUCGAUAUUCUGGCUAGGAGGCCUCUGUAUGAAGCUGGUUUGGAUUAUCGACAUGGGACCAGCCACGGCAUCGGAAUGUGUCUGUUUGUGCAUGAAUCUGCCAAUACUGCUUAUGAGAUCAACUUCUUCGGUUCUGAUGAACCCGGGUAUUACGAAGACGGUGAAUUCGGGAUCCGCUUAGAGACCACACUCAAGGUCGUUCAUAAAGAGACCCCGCAUGACUUCGUGAGUCCAGUGUUGGGAUUCGAACCUGUUGCUUUGGUUCCGUUCGAACCCAAGCUUAUCAACACCACUCUCCUUAGCCGACAACAGUGUGAGGCACUGAACGCCUACCAUGCUACAGUGAGAGACGUAGUUGGAAACGAACUCAAGAAUCAGGAACGUUUCGAAGGUUACGACUGGGUUAUAAGGAAGACCGAACCCCUGUUAUGCUGAAUCCGGACAAACGUUUAUGUAAACGUUUUCUUGCUGAAUCCCUUCAAGUCAUUCACUUUUGAUUUUUCUGUGGAUGAGGAUGUAUUCAAGAAAUUAUAAAGUGUAGAGGUUAUAAAGUGUUAUAAAUG